AUGCCGCGUCUUCUUCCUCGACUAAGAAAUUUGCCGCCAAUUGCGACAGAUAUCGUCCGAGAAUUCGCCGGAGAUUGCCUGAUUCUUUGUUUACUCGAUAACAUAAAGACGAGGUAUCCUGCAAUGGGUUUUAAAGGUCAUAUUGUGUACAGUAGAACAUUCCCAGGGGUGGAAAAAGUUGCAGAUGAGCUCUUAAAGUUUGUUGAACUCAAUAAAAAAGAUGAAGGUCGUGCUAUUAUUGGAUUUGACGUUGAACAGAGACCAUCUUUCAAGAAAGGUGUAAAACAAGGGAAGGAUGCAGUUCUACAGAUAUGUGCAGAUGAUGCAAGUUGUCAUGUAAUGCAUAUUAUUCAUUCUGGAUUCCCUGAAAGUUUAAAGUCUCUUCUUAGGGAUUCUAAAUUUGUGAAUGUAUGUUAA